AUGGCGGAUCUGAGAUCUACAAUCGAGGUGCUCUUCAAUCUGAAAGAUCGCAGUGUACGUCGGACCAGCACGCAAGACGCAAUCGCUGGUAUGAGAGUUUGGAGAGUGACUGCGCCUACAAUAGAACUCGGAAACUUGGAGAAUGGGGGGUUUAUCGGCCCUUCGGACAAGACGGUCCCUAACCAGGGUUAA